AUGUCCCCAUCAACGACGCUUCCAUUCUCAAGCGACAAGAUUAGUGGCCCUCUCUCCCCUCUCUCUGCUAUGGCCUACGUCGCCGGUCACGGUAGAGGUGCACCCCGUGCCCAAAGGCACCAGCAACACUCGCCACUCAACGUCGGCUAUACAAUGGCCGUAGGAGGUCUCUACGAUCAGAUGCUGAACAUUGGGGAAAAAAAGGAUGACGACGAGCAGGAAAGUCAACAAUUGCAAAGCCAACGCCACAGCUACACAGUUGACGAGGAAGAUGUCAGCCUCGAGGUCCAGAACGCAGACCUCAGGGCUCAGAUUUUUAUACUGGAAUCCGAUGCCGAGGCCGAGCAGCGCGCACUGGAUGACAUGCUGACGGAGCUUACCAGCGCCCAGGAGGAGCUUUACAACGCUGAGGCCCGACUCGCAGCCAAGGAGUCUGAGUGUGCCGACCUCCAGGCCCGUCUUGCUCAAUCCGGCGACAGUGGCAAGAAUGGCACCACCCUUCCAGUAGGGGGAGGACAUGCUCAGCCUGAGCUCCACGGCAGCACGGCUGAGAUGCAGCGGCAGAUUGACGACCUGUUGGACACCCUGAGAAGCAAAGACAUGCUGCUGAGCAAGCAGGAGGCUGAGCUGGCUACCACUUGCGAGAAGUUGGCAGCUACACAGACUCAGGCACAACAAUCUGUUGCAUCGAGCCAGGAUAAUGCCUUAAUCAGCGAGCACCGACGCACAGUUGAAAAGCUGAAGGAAGAAGUGCGCUUCUUCAAGGCCAAUAGUGAGCAGCUCGGACAGGAAAUACGCGAGCUGAAGGACGAGAACCUGCGGCUAGUCGAGGACUUGGAAGUCAAACAGAGAGAGUUGGAUGACGAGAGGUCGUUGAAUGUAGCGAUAAUGAUACAAGUAGCAACGAUACCAGCCGGACCGGAAUAG